AUGUUUAGCUACGGAGCGCAACAUCACCCUUCACACCUCAACGCCCACAACAACCAUAACCACCAUGGUGGCCGGUCGCGCAGGGCACCCCGGAUCUCGGCGGCGCAGCACAACAAGCAGUUCCGCCAAGUACGGACCCCAAAAGAGUUUGUCGUAGAGCCGCCAACCCUGCUCGCCUUCCGCCGCGACUUCGAGGCCGCCAGGUCGUUCGAUCUCGAGGACGACGAGCUCUUCUGCCCGUUCCACCUGCUCACCGAGGACGAUGUAAGUGCCAUGACGCUUCCGACUGGCGAUGUUCGCCACCCGAUGUCAUCGGCCGACCAUGCGCUAACCUUCGACCAACAGCUCCAGUCCAUACACUCCUCUGGCUCCGACCGCUCGUCCCUGUCAAGUGGUUCACCUGAACAGUCGCCACUGCAGCACCAGCUGCAGCCGACUCCUUCCUUUGUCUUAUCUUCUGCGCCUAAUCCCUACACUCCGGCUUCCUUUCAGUCGAGUAAUGCUUCUCAAACAAAGCUUCACCAGCCGCUAGCUCAGCGCACUCGCAAUGCCAUCCCCAUCGUAGACCCAUCCACGCGUGCUGUUGCUAGCCCACCCCCAUCUGUCUCGCCAAACCGACAGAUGCAGCAGCAGUUCCGGCGCUGGUAA